CAUAGCGCAGAGGGAGGAAUGUAGAGUAUGAUAUGUGUGUGUAUGUGUGUGUGUGGGCAGGGGGUGAGAGAAGAAGCCAUUACUUUGAAGGAUAAUAUGCAGGGGAUGUUGAUAAAGGAAGAGAUUGAAAUUACGAAUUGCAGCAAGGAGCGGCACGCUGUUCUCGAGGAGUACAGGGAGCGCGUGUUAGAACGAAAGACGGAGCUGGAGCGUUUGGAAAAGAUGAUAUUCCAUUCGCGUCCACGGGACGAUUUCGAGGCACGUGGGAAAAGCUAUGGCGCGGAGGACGUUGGCAAGGACGAGGUGGCACGGUUGGAAGAGACGUUCGCCAAACUUCGCAGCGCGACCGGAGUGUCGAGAACGGAGGACGUUCUGAACCGGUUUCUGGGUCAGCGGGCGACCAAGGAUAAUCUGCAGAAAAUGCGGGUGGCCACGGAGCAAGAGAAAACGAAGCUGGAGAGGCAAAGGCAACGGCUCGCCGACGAGAUGGAAAGCAGAAAAUUCUCCGAGACGAGGAACGCGGAACAAAACGCGGAAGAGGUGGAAAAACUGAAUCGUCAGAUCGGCGAGCAACGAUCGCGCCAAUUAAAGGCAGAUAACGAGAAACGAAGAGUGGAAGAUCUGCUGCAAGAAAUAGCUACGACGUUGUGGAAUGUGUGCGACAAAUUUCGAGAUAUAAUCGAUACGUUGCCUGAAGAAUCGAGGAAAAUUCAAAAUCCUCUCCAACUUAUAGAUUUAAUAAAUGAGAAAGCAACGAGUAUUAUCGAAUCUUUGGGAGGACCGGAUAAGUAUUUGGAAAUAUUGGAUGAAAUAUCGGUUGAUAAGUUGGAAACGAUAUCGAUUACAACUACUUCGGUAGAAGGAAAAGCAACGCGUACAAAUGGAGGACCACUUUUUCCACGAUUUCCAUCUUCAGCAACUCCGGCGACGUUGCUUUCCGAAGAUGAAGAAGAUAUACCAACUAGAAAUAAUCUUAAAAAACAGGCACAACAAUUGAUCGAUAUUAAAAGUCGUCGAAAAGGAUUUACAUUUAAAAGAUGAAUUUUAAUACACACACACGCACACACACACACAUACACACACAUAUAUAUAUAUAUAUAUAUAUGUAUGUAUUAGAUUACGAAAAAAACUGUUCAAACUUUAUGAUAUAUUACUAAGCACUUUAUUUAGAAUGAGUAAACAUAUCAAGUCAGCAUAAGCAUCCAAGUUUUAUUUGCUGAUAAAGUAAAUUAUUGCAUUGCUGAGAUAUCUAUUGCAUACUUUAGAUUAGGAAUUGUAUACAACCUCGUCCGUGGUCACGCGCCGAAAGCAACUAUAGACAAACAGAAGAAAUAGUGAA